UGAGACGCGCGCUCGCGCCCGCCAGUCGGAGAAAGAGACGGAGAGAGAAGGAGAGAGGACGACGAGUAUCGAAGUUUCGAUGUUUCGAAUGCGCCUCCGACAUCGAUAGCCGCUGCCGCGCUGCGGCAACAUCGUGCACGUCCUCGCGACAGUACGGUGUCCGAUGCCCUCGCGUAUCGUAGGCAUCUCGGUGAACGGGACGACGAGCGAAGGGAAAACGAGUGGCGAAACGCGAAAGCCGGGAGAAAGUGAAGCUUGAGCCGUAAUGGAGUAAAAGUGACGAAUACCGGAUGACAAAUACAAAAGAAAAAUAAAAUAAGAAUCGAAUAAAAGCAUAGAGAUAAAAAAAAAAGAAGAGAGUCGAAGCGCCGGUCGGUGGUGACCGGUAGCGAUAGUGGGGUAGCGGCGGCGGUGGUGACGGUGGUGGUGGAGGCGGUGGUGGGGGUAGCGGCGGUGACGGUGGGGCGCGGAGCACGCUCUCUCGCGGUAGCUGCGCCAAACGUCAGUGUCAAUAUGGCCGUUGACGUGAGCGCAGUAUGCGUAAAGACGUGGACGCGAUAGUAGUCUCGGUUCGAUUCCCCCUAACAUGAGGUAUACCACGACCAGGAGGGACGCUUUUACGUAAUACACCACCCUCCCUCCUCCUUUCCCGCCUCCCCCCAGAUAUAACGGACGUACCCGGCAUCGUACAAAAUGAACUGCGCCGCGUCGGAGGUAGCGGCAGCCGCGAACGGUGGUGAGCACGUCGGCGCGAUACAAGAUAUCAAAAACGCAAUGUUUAACAAUGGAGGGUCUAAAGUAAACAGUGACGACGCCAAAUCAACAGUUGUAGAAUUAUUUCCAUGGAUCUCAGAGUUUUGGAAAAUGUGUAAAUGUAUAUACGCGGACAAAAAUAUGGCUUCUUUGGCAGAGCUUAUGCAGUACUAUAUCAGAAAUGUAAGUAUCAGUGUGAAUGAAUGUUACACGAAGCCUUUAAAAGCAGCAAAGUUGAAGGAUUCUAUUAGUGAAACUUUAUUUUUCUUCUUAUGUAUCUAUCGCGAGCUUUCUGAGGACCGUAAUAGAACUAUUUACUUAAAUAACAUGUCCGAUUUAUUGGCAUUGUACAUAGAUAUGGAAUUAAAAGCUUCGAGAAAAAGUAAAGAAGAUCAUAGUAAAAUUUGUACAAGACUUAUUUCUUGUCUUUAUGUAUAUCUAGAACAUUCUAUCGAGCAUUUGUUAGAUACUUUGAUAAAAAUACAGUUUAUGUGUCGGGCUUAUCAUCGUAUUUUAGAUCCGAUAAUGAAAAUUGUAACUAAUAAAAUUCCAACGUGUCCCAAUAAUUCAGAUAUUAUGUGCGCUCGUUAUUUCCUUAUUUAUUAUCUCUGGAGAAAGAUAAAUAGCGAUAUGGCCGUGAAAAGUCAAAUUACUACAACCGCAAUUGCCUCUUUGGGAACAUCAUCAACUUUCCCACCGUGCAUGUUAGAUGUAUUACCAAAAGUGCCAAAGGAUCAACCAAAUUCAACAAAAUAUCUGAUGCAGCAGAAAUUUGACAUAAGAAAAUGCUGUGAAUGUUUUAUACAAUUCUGUAUAAAAAACAGAGAUAGUAUAUGGCAGAAAAAAAAUGAAAAUGCAACUACUAUUCCAAAUUCAUUCAAAAGGACUGCUUCACAACUGCUGGAAGUUACAUCACGCGAAAAUGAAAAUAUGGAUUGUAUCAAAAACAAAUCCAAUUUUACUUCCUCAAAUAAGAGUGUGCAAAACAAUUCAGUUUCCUUAGAUAAUUUAAAAUCCUCAAAUUUAACAGAACAAACAAACGUUAAACCUUUAGGCACGAUUUCUACAAAUAUUUCAGUAGCACGGACUAUUGUUAAGCAAAUAAAACCAAAAGUGCUUCCACGAAAGAAGAUUAAAAAAUCCAAUAAAAUUGUAAUAAUUGAUCUUACAACUGAUAUUGCUUUUGAACGGUGUAUAAAGAGAAAAUCGAGAAAAGUUGCAUGGCUUGAAGAAGCCAAGAGAAAACUCGACACAAAAGCGAUAAGAGCAUCACAGAAGAUUAAGAAACAGCAGAUGGCAGAGAAAAUAACCUCCUUGAAGAAAAUGGUUCUUGUUGAUCAGCAUUUGGAAGAUUUCCUUCAAUCCAUACCUGCCACAGAAAAUACAUGUUUAGAGAAUAAUUUGAGUGAAUCUGCAAUAUGGGACAUAAAGCUAGAUAAUGAUAAAAUAAAAUCCAUGCAACAACUGGAAACAGAAUGUAGGAGUACAUCAGGUUAUGCAACAUCUACAAAACAAUCAGUAGAUGCGAACAGCAGUGACAAAAGUAAAAUUGUUGGAGUAUCUCAAACAGUCUCAUCUUCUGUAAUCGUUGAUAAACCACAGUCUAAUAAAUUUAAAGCUUCUACAAAAUUGUUAUUGAAUGUUUCAAAUGACACUAAUAGCAAAUGCCAUGAUGUUGAUACUAUUUUGAAGGCAAGGAAUAGUGAAAAAAUGAACAAUAGACAUAAUGCACAGACGACUGUGAUUAAACGACUGCUAGAAAAGGAUACUUCGCCUGAAAGUGAAAAAUGUAAAAAGGUUGAAAGUUUAAGGAAAAUCUGUGAUUUAGGAACAGAGCACUCUAAAACUGUAAAUAUUCUCCCUGCGAUAUGUACUCAAAAUUCCAAAGAUGAAGAUGUGGGUUCUAAUAAUAAUGCUAAUUAUCUUAGUACAACUAAAGAUAAAUCUUUGUAUGUAAUUUCAUCUUCGCUACAUAUGCAUUACACAAAUAACGGAAAGGAUGAAACGAUUGAUAAAACAAUAGAUGAUUUCACUAACAAUGAAAAAUCUGUGCAAGAACAUGAUCAUGAAUUAAUAAGUAACAAAACGCAGUGCUCGAAAUCAACUGCAGUCGACAAUGCUUUAAAUAAAGAAAAACUUGCAGUUUCUACAAUGACGGUUGAAACUUUUGCUACAACAAUUAUAAAUAAUCCAGAGAUAUCAAUAAGUAAUGCGGUAGAAUCUGAACGGUUACAACAACUAUGCGUUACUGAAAAUAUAGAGAAACCAAAGGAGCCUGAGUCUCAGGAUGAAUAUGUAUCAGAAAAGCGCGAUAUUGCAAAUAAUACUAUAAGUCUUAGUAUAACGAAUGGAGACCAUUCUAAUGUACAAACAGAUUUAGAAGUUGACACUUGCAUCGAAGUAAGCGAUAACUUAAGAAAUAGCAAAAUCCCUAACCAUAAAAUCAGAGAAACUAUUUUUGAAAAUAGCACAGCUGAUAAGAAAAAUAUUUCUAAUAUCUUCAAUGCGUCACUGUGUUCAAAAAAUGAACGAGUUAACGAUAGAAAAGAUAUCGACCUGAAAACAGAUAAGGAAGAUGAAGAAUUCGAAUCCAAAGGAAAUUGUAAUAAAGAACAUAAUGUAGAAGAAUUAAAAAGGUCUUCUGUACUGCGCACAAAAGUUGAUAAGAAAGAUCUUCAUAAUCUUGACUAUAUGCAUGAUCGUAAACUACUAAAGAGAGUCUAUGAAAUACAUACUCAUACGAAAAGCAUUCAAAAUUCAUCGGAAGAUAAAUGUAUCAUUCAAGAUUCAGAAUUGCAGGAUAACAUGGACGGACUUUCAUUAUUAGCCAAUGUUAUUGAGUCAACAUGUCAACAUGUAUCUCAUUUAAAAGCUGAGUUGCAAUGCGAACAAAUCAAAGUGAAGGAUUACGCAUCGUUGAGAAAUUCUUCUUACAAUCAAACUACCGACGAUGAUGUCGAUACCAACGAUUCAUCGAAUAUAGUUUCUCAGAUUUUGGAAAAUCCAACUGCUGACGUUAUCAAUAAAAUAGUUGGAAUUUGUCCGGAGGAUGCAUUGGAUAAAGUAGCGCUUCAUGUUGAAGUAACGUCAACAACUGAUAUAAAUCCCGACGAUCGCGGAAACGAUCCAAGCAAUAAUAGCGUUCCGCGCAUCGUUGAAACCACUAUAAAUUAUGAAACGGACACGUUGCCUAACAAUUUAAAUAUAGUAGAAAACAAUGUACAGUCGAUAAAGGAAAAUACGAACGUAAUAUUAAACGGGGAAACAGUCAUGCUCUUACAAAAGUCCCCGAAUAGUAAUUUGUACAUCAUUAAUAAGGCAGUGGAAAACGCACGAGAUCACAAUAGCGAUGAUGAGAAUUGUCCAGUUAAGGAGAAAAGUUGGAUGAUCCCGCCGGAAGAUUGUACAUCGUUUGAAGUCGUUAAUACGUCGGAGCACAUUUCUUUUAAUUUGGAUCUCCCGCAAUACGGCAAGGAAUUAUCAUGCCAAGAGAAUAAGUUUUCCGUCAGCAGGAACAAGGGUAUAAAAAUUGAACCCGAUGAAGAGAGUAAUCUGAUGAAUAUUACGGAAAUGAAAUCUUACGGUAAGAAAAAUUCAUUGUCGGCCGACGUGACAUUACCUGCGACAUCGCAGAUUUAUCAGGACACGAAUGUUGCGAAUGUGAGCAUCAGCAGCAAGUCGGUCGAUAAACGAAAAUCCAAAUCCAUCCUUACUUAUAGGCAAAACAUUAAGCAAGAGUUUAGCAAUCAUAUUACGGCAAAUUGCGGAAUACAAGGAUGCAACGGAAUACAUACGCAUCCGCACGAGGUGAUUGACUCGCAGCAUUCAUUACAUAUUCCAGUCACUCAUCCCACAACGAUAUCCUCGAUUUACGGGAAUUGCGCUGCCGGUACAGAUCUGUGUAUGCCGUAUCACAAGCAUUGCACUUCCGUAUCGUGUAGUCUACAAAUUAAUUCUACUACUUCGCUCCAUUCUCAUACAAAAUCCGCCAAUGCAUGCGGUAGGUCGCACUGCUCAUGCCUAAAUUGUACGUACGAUAUAGUCGCGCAUUGCAGACAGUGUAUACACCCUGCAACAGAUUCCCAUGUGUCUUGCCUUGAAAGUAAUUCUUAUUUUUUGCCCACGCAUUCGUCAGUACAAACAUCCGCCGUCCAAGAGCACGAUAAGACAACAAGCGAAGCGGCAAUAAGUAAAUUGUAUGACGAUCAGCAGAUAAUGCUGCGUAAAAUAGAACAGAGGGUAUCGCUACAAAAUAAUACGUUGGAAAAACUGGACGUGCAAAGAGAACCGGAUAAGUUAUUCAAGAAAGAUAUGGAGAACAAAUUGCCGUUGAAAAAGAGACUGAAGGCUCACGCCAUGAUGUCCAUGGUGUACGAAAAGAUACCCAUCAAGACGGAAAAAUUAGAUAACUAUCCUGCAAUUCCCAUGAUGUCCAUAGCAGCCUUAGAAGCAUUAAAUAGCUCGCAGAAGCAUCCUGCGCAAAUCAUCAAAUCAUCGUACGAAUUAUCCCCUACCGAAGAGGAAGAUAAUUCGCAUGGCAGCUAUCAUUUCAAUUCGAAUAUAGUGCGAAGGGAUUACUGCAAAGAUAUCCAUAUUUCUAAUGCACAUCGCAAUCUUGUGAAAGAAAGUACAAGGAAUCACGAACGCCAAUUUCGAUCAAACGGCGAUCAAUCUAAUACAGUCUGUAUAGAACGUUGUCAAGACAGAACGUUUAAAACACCUAUGCAGCGCAGAGAUGUGACAGCAACGAAUCCGAUAUCUCUGAAACGUAUAACGACGGAGACGAUGGAGCAGGAUAGCACAUGUAAGAAGGCGAAAAAAAUGCAGUCAUCUAUUAGACAAACGAGAAGCUCAAAGAGAAACGUUCCUAAGGUAAAUUAUUGUUACACCGAUGUUGAUCCAGAAUGGAAUCCGUCCGGUGAGUCAAAACGAAGGCGUAAGAAGACUAGUCGAUGAUCAAUACUAUUUCAUUACGAGAAGUCACUGCUGUAAAAAAGAAAGAAAGAAAGAAAAACAAUCUGUACAGAAUGGAUAAAUGUGUUCUUUAAGCUGUGUGGCACUGUAAAUUUGUAAAUAUAUGUACAAAGCAGAAGUAAAAAAUAACGCGUCCUAGGAAGAUUUUUAGAGAUAGACCGUUGAGCGUGUUCAAGAUUAGUAUGGGCAAAGAGGUAGACUAGCUGCAUAGAAGAUUUCUGCGUAAAAUAUUUUUGAUGUUUAGUUAGAUAUCGCUAGAAGCAAGUUGUAGAGAAUUUUAUUCCAUUAAACGUCAUCUCUACCUUGCAAUAUUGUAUAUAAGAUAAAGCUUUAUAAGAUAAUAUUUGUAAGUUAAUAUUUCAAUUUUAAUGUUUUCCUAUUGUCGCGUGGUUGCACAGCAACAUCAUAACUAUAAUUUUCUCAAUCAUAA